AUGCGCGCCGCCAGCCUGCGCCUGGGCAGCCAGGGCGUGAAGAAGACCUACGACGACGCGCUGCUCAUCAUCGGCGACGCCGCCGGCCACAUCGACCCCCUCACGGGCGAGGGCAUCCACACCGCCAUGAUGGGCGGCAAGGCCGCGGCCCAGACCCUCCUGGAGAUGCGCGAGGCGGGCGACUACUCGGCUGCCAACACUGUGCGCUACCAGCGGCGCUGGGUGGAGCUGUACGGCCACGACUUUGGGCUGUCCACGGCCUUUGCCAACCUGAUCUACCGCUACCCCAUCAUCAUGGACGCCAUGGCCAGCGAGGUCAAGCGCAAGGGCGACGUGUUCAUGUCCAAGUGGGCUGAGAUCAUGACCAACAUGCAGCCCAAGACCUACUUCCUGCGCCCUGACGUGGCCCUGCAGAUGGGCUUUGCCAUCGCGCGCGAGGUGUUUGAGCAGAAGGUCAUCGGCAAGGAGGACAAGUACCAGCUCAAGGCCUAG